UUCAACUAAAUAUUGGUUCGACUUUUUUUGUUCCCACUAAGCUAGUUUAAACUGGACACAGGUUGUUUCUGGUUCCGGUUUUUGUCUUUUAGGGCAAAGUUUUGAAUUCAAGUUUCAGUUGUGAUCAACAUUUCUUUGUGAGUCUUUUGUGUUCUUUUCGCUAACAAGUUGUAAGUUCCUUUUUCGCCAUCCAAGUCUUCUCAGAUUUGAUCUUUAUAAACUGUUUUAUUCAAACUUUUUUUCUUCAAUGGAUCAUUCAAUGAGAAAUGCUGAAGAUGUGGAUAUUUCAGAUAAAGUUACCAUAAAGGUUAAGCUUGCAGAUGAGGGAUAUCAUGAUCUAGUAAUAGAUUGGUCAGAUAGAAGUGGUAAAUACAAAGGGAAACGAGUUAUUGACCAGCUUUCAACGAUAAUCGGUAUUCCAUCCCACUACAUCGGUGCUGCCUACAUCAAUUUCACACACAAUAAUUUGGUUGAAAUAUUUGAUAAAGAUCUCGAUGAAAGAAACCAGAAUGAAUUCACUAAGGAGAACUGUUUAGGAAUUUUGAAUGAUGAUUUUGAUUGUUUCGCUAUAACAACUGAACUGAUUUUUUGCAGAUUUGAGUUUGAUUUGUGUAUAUGUUUGGAAAGCCGUUUGUUGGUUAAUGAUAAUGAUUGUACAGGUAACUAUUGUCAUUAUUCAAAUACUAGAGCUUUUAUAAAUAGACAAGUAGCAAUUGCUACAAACUCCGAGUUAGUUAUGAAAAUACGAUUAAAGUAUGAAGAGAUACCUAUGGACAUAGAAGGGAUUGAAAUUUAUUUGCGAAAAGGGAAAAUUUUGAGAGACUUCGACAUCAAGCCGUUUAUUUACGGACCAUGGUGUCGCCUAACCUAUGGCAGAGCACAGGAAUAUAUUGAUUAUAUCAAUCCGCAAUAUUCACGAACUCGUGGUUAACUUUUACGUGAUGUCUAAACUUAACAUCAAGAUAUAAGAUGAUUUGAAAUCUUGAGUUUGAAACCAAUAAAUGUUUGAUUAACCUUGAGUUUGAAUGAGUUUCUUUAAGAGUUUUCAUAUCACUUGCAAUGAAUGACACUUGAAAUGAAAUGUCCAUCAAUGGCAAAUGCUCUUGACAUAUCUAAUCUAUUCAAUAAUAUCUUUUGACCAUUUAAAGACCAAAUCAAUCGCAGUCUUUAUUUUGGUUACUUUAUGAGCAAAAGUUAUUCUAAUUUUGUACUCUUACUUAUACUUUUUAUUAUUAAAAACUGUUCUCGUGAUUAACAAAUCAAAAUGUUGUACAAUCCAUGGUCUGCCAGUCGAUGUAUCGUACUUUACUUACAAACCAUUACUUUUCUUAUGUUUCUGCUCAUUUCGUGUUCAACAUUCAGAAUUACUUAUGGUUUUAGUGUUGCCCUGUUGCUCAAAGGAUUUCAUCUCCAUGCAAUUUACAAAGGGACAAGAUCAAUGCUCAGGGGUUUCUUUUGCUUCACAAUUUUUGGACUCUGUAUGACGAUUUUUCUGGCCACCAUCAUAACCACAUUAGCUGUUUGCUCUUUCAAUUAUACUGAGACUAAAACUAAUACUAUUCAGAAUGAAAAUGUUGUUGCAUCGAUGGCCAAUGCAGUUGGAUCUGGAUUCCUUGUUGGAGUUGCACUUUCCUUGGUAGGUUUUCAAUUCUUGGAUGCUUUCUUCCAAUCACUGUAUCUGGAAGAAUUAAAUUAUCAAAAUUCCGUUUCUGGAGCUGUAAUUACUUUAGAGCGAGUUGGCCGGAUUGGUAUUUAAUCUCGAAUUGAUCUGAAUUUGAACUCGAAUUUCCAUUGAUCGUACAAUAAUUUAUCAACAGCUACACCAAUCAAUCUUGUAAUUUUAAACCAAUACUAUUUUGAAAGACUAAAAUAAAAUUUUGACAAUUUAGUUAUAAUUCAACGUUUAAUAUUAAAAUGUAAGUAAUGACGUUUAUGCACUGACUUUUUACACAUUAUAAAUACUUUUUGUUCCCUUUGUACGGUCAUUUUGAUAAG